CGCGGGUAAUAAGGAAGUGGUAUAAGAAGCAGGAGGGGUGUGGCCUGGCAGCACCUUUACAUCGACUGCGACUUAAAGCAAACUUGCAGCAUAAUCCCUUUUCACUACGCGCUGGAUUUGGCGAAAGCAGGAAUUGAACGCAGCCUUGCAGGGUGUGAUGGUGUGGCGGUUUCCUUGACGACGCACGGAGAUGUCGGGUGACACCACCACCCUGGCAUGGAAGUUGCCCAGCCCCACCGCCAAGGAGAAUCCUGACAAUAGCUCUGGGCCCCCCCUCGUUGGAGAAGGGGGGUCGCUGAAGAUCCUGAAAGUAUGUUUCAUCAGCAACAGUUCCAACCUGGGCAAGAACUUCAAACUGGUCAAGUGUGACAGUUCGUGGGAGAUCAGGCGCAUCAUCCAGUCCAUCCUGACGAGUGGCCGGCUGGGUCCAAACAUCAAGUAUCCAGGAUGCUACGGGCUGCUGCUGAAGCAUCUGAAGUCGGAUGAGCUUCACUGGCUGCACCCAGACCUGACGGUUGAGGAGGUGGAGCAGAAAUAUGAAAAGCAGCACCUGGAAGCGGAGUGGAGAUACGAUCUACGGAUUCGAUAUAUUCCAGAAAAUUACUUGGAGAAAUUCAAAGAUGACAAAACCACUUUAUUGUAUUUCUAUCAACAGGUUCGAAGUGACUACAUGCAGCAUCAUGCAUCCAAAGUGAGCGAUGGCAUGGCUCUGCAACUGGGGUGUCUGGAAAUAAGGCGGUUUUACAAAGAUAUGAAUGCCAAGGGACUGGAGAAGAAGUCAAAUUUGGAUCUUCUGGAGAAGGAUGUUGGUUUAGAUUUGUUUUUUCCACGUGAGCUAAUUGAUAGCAUGAAGCCCAAGCAGCUGAGGAAGAUGAUCCAGCAGACGUUCCAGCAGUACGCCGCGCUCAAGGAGGAAGACUGCAUGAUGAAGUUCUUUGAGACGUUUGGAGACUUUUCCAGUUUUGAUGACGAGGUGUUUUCCUGUGAGCUGGUGCAAGGCUGGAGUCUGGCAGUGGAGCUUGUCGUCGGACCCAAGGGCAUCCGACAACGUACUCAAAAGUAUAGCGCGCCUAUCUACUUAGCCGCCUUCAAACAGGUCAGAAGUAUGAAAUGUUCUGUGCAGGAGAACAACAAAGGUCUGUUAAACCUGGAUAUAGAAGGAGUAAAGCAGCCGCUGUCCAUCAACACAAACACACUGGCUGUGGCAGAAAACAUGGCUGACCUGAUAGACGGCUACUGCCGCCUGGUGACCGGCUCGGACAUUUCCUUAAUUGUCAGGCAGAAGAAAGACAGGAAAUCAAAACUUGCUCUCCCUGAAAUUCCAAAGAACAGUGAGAGGAAGGAGUCCAGCAGUUCAUUCAGGGCCAGCUUCGGGUCGGACAUUUAUGCCGAAAUACCAGACGAAAAGCCUAAGCCUGUGGUAAAAUACGGACUGACAAGAGAUGCCAUUGUUCUGGGCCGAAUCCUAGGCGAAGGUUUCUUCGGGGAAGUUCACGAGGGACUUUACAAAAAGUCGACAGGGGAGAGGAUCACCGUGGCGAUAAAGACCUGCAAGGACUGCUCCCCCGAUGUCAAAGAAAAGUUUAUGAGCGAGGCUGUGAUCAUGAAGAAGCUGGACCACCCACACAUCGUUAGUCUGAUCGGCAUCAUAGAAGAAGAUCCUGUGUGGAUAGUCAUGGAGCUGUACAAGUACGGAGAGCUGGGAAACUACCUGGUAGAAAACCAUCACACAAUGACCAAUGUCACCUUGGCACUCUACAUCUUGCAGAUAGGCAAAGCUCUUGCCUAUCUGGAGGGGAUCAGCAUGGUUCACAGAGAUAUUGCUGUCAGGAACGUGCUGGUGGCUGCGCACGACUGUGUGAAACUGGGAGACUUUGGGCUCUCCAGGUACCUCGAGGAAGAAGAAUAUUACAAAGCUUCUGUUACACGGCUCCCGAUCAAGUGGAUGGCCCCCGAGUCCAUAAACUUCCGGCGCUUCACCUCGGCGAGUGACGUUUGGAUGUUUGCCGUGUGCAUGUGGGAGAUCAUGAGCCGCGGCCAGCAGCCCUUCUUCUGGCUCGAGAACAAGGAUGUGAUCAACCAUCUGGAGCAGGGGGUCCGCCUGCCGAAACCCGAGGAGUGCCCCCCUACUCUCUACAGCCUCAUGACCCGCUGCUGGACUUACGACCCCAAGGAGAGGCCCACCUUCCAGGAGUUAGUGUGCAAGCUGAGUGAUGUGCACAAGAUGGAGAAAGAGCAGGAGGUGGAGCAGCAGAGGAUGCGCCCCUCCAGGACCUUAGACCCCAGGGUAAAUGACCCUCCUCCCAAGCCCUCGAGGAUGAAGCCCUCCCGCUUUGGAAACACGCUUGGUGUAGCCUGCAAAUCCAGGUAUGCUUUCAUGUGCCUGAUAUCGCCACCUGCAGGUCUUCAUAUGCAGCUGUGUGUGGCACAGAGUCGGCUGUGUGCCACUUCGCGCCCAGCGCUCCCAUGUGUCUGUCUGUCUGCCCCGUCUGUCUGCACGCUUGCCCCACCCGCUCCGCUUCCCCAGCUGCCCGAGUCGCUGUGUGCCAGCUCUCCUGCCAUCGCUAGCCCUUGUGACUACCAGUCGCCCUUCGACUCCAGCCACUUGCUGCCGCUGCCUAAGUCAGCCCCCUCGCCGCUGCAGUGUGGGGGGGAUCUGAUCAUAGAGCCGACCAGCAUGGAGGACGCGCAGCGCAUGUGGGAGAUGGAACGGCAGCGCCUGCAGGAGACCCUGAAGAGGCAGAAGCAGGAGAUGAUGGAGGACAACAAGUGGCUGGAGAAGGAGAAGAAGCUGCUGGACCCCAUGGUGUCAGAUGACCUGCCCUCCCCAGUGACUCCGGAACGGGAAUCGGGAUAUGCUGAAUUCACCGCCCCCCCAGAGAAGCCCCCAAGACUGAGCACGAAGCCGGCCCCCACUGCGGAGAUGGACCGCUCCGACGACCAAGUGUACCACUUCGUUAUGGAGCUGGUGAAGAUGGUGGUGCAGCUGAAGAACGACGUCAACAUGCUACAGCCGUCUGAGUAUGUUGGUGUGGUCAAGUCUGUUGGUCUGACCCUGCGGAGUCUCAUUAACAGUGUGGACCAAGUCCUUCCAACUCUCCACGAUUCCAUCAGGACUGAGAUUGAAGGCACUCAGAAGCUGCUGAGCAAAGACAUGGCGGAGCUGAUCAGCAAGAUGCGUCUGGCCCAGCAGAACGCCGUCACCUCCCUGAAGGAGGAGUGCAAGAAGCAGAUGCUGGCCGCUGCUCACACGCUGGCCAUGGAUGCCAAGAACCUGCUGGACGCAGUGGACCAGGCCCGCGUGCGCGCCAAUGUGGCCAAACCUAAGCCGGAGAGCUCAUAGUGGACAUGGUUCAAGGAGCCAAAGUGUCCAGUGACAGGGACCUGCUGGAUCCCAUUUCCUGCUGGGGACAGGAGCUGAAGGGAAGCAGUCAUCUCCCUCAUAACUAACAUUCUGGUUGUUGUGACAGGUUUUUAAGGUACCGCUGUUUUUAAUAAGGGCUCAGACAUGCAUGUUCUCUCACUCACACACAAACACACACAAACACACGUGCACAAAGUUGCAAAUAAGCCGAAUGGAGCGGAUGUGCACAAUGAAACAGAUUAAACAAACUGACAGUAUUGUGCCAUCUGAGCAAAACCAAAGACUUAAAUGAUUCAUACUUUGGAAAAAUUCUUCCAAUUCUGAGCAGGGUAUUAUGACAUGAAAAAUUAUGAAUUAUUUUAGAAUGAAUAUUUUUUUCAUUAAUUUUAUAUUUAAUGGCUGCAAUAAAAAUAUUUUACUGCAGUUAUAAUCUGUACAUUUUGAUUGUAUGUUUAUGGUAUUAAUUAAAAAGACUGGUGUAAUUAGUC